UGUGUGUGUGUAUGGAGUUUGUUUCUUACUUCCCCCCUCCCCCAUCCGCUCCUGCUGCUGCUGCUGAGGCCGAGACAUGAAUGCGAUGAAUGUGGGGCUCACUUCAAAGCAGAAAGCGCGAGGGCAGCGAAAGGGGUGUUGUAAUGUCGUCAGCGAAGGAAAAACGCAUCGAGCGCGAGCCGUUUUUAGAUGGCCGCUUUUUUCUUUUUCCCGUGCGUAAGUGGGAUGAUUUGAUAUAUUGACGUUUGUAGUGGUUAAAGAUGGCUGUGACAACGUGUUCUCGCACUAGUUGAGUCGAAUCCACAAAACAAGCUCGGUGCAAACAUCGGCUAGGGCACUCAAAGAUGGUGAAAGUGUUUCUGGCCGUCUAUGCUCACUUGUUUGGGAAGGUCUCGCGCCGCACGUACUUCCUCUCCUCGCGCGUCGCGUUCUUUGAAGCGGUUGAUGUUCGCUCUAUUUAUGUUUCUAACUUAUCGUGGCGUUUUGUUUUGUAGCUAGUUAGUAGGCUCCUCGGGUUAACCCCCUGUGGUGUUUUGUUUUUAAGUUAACGGCGUCAGUGCGCGUUAAAUAUUUGUGAAUUGGCGUCUUGUGCUGGAUUAGCCUGCUAGCUCAUCGCCAUUGAAGUUCAAGUUAUUGACUGGGAGAGCUCAAGGUUUCUUUCUGCCUUAGCUCGCUUAUCAAGAACAUCAGACGAAGUCUAGUUGGCAGGCGGUCAGUCACAGGUUCUAAGGUCGGAACUUGAAAGUGUUGGGUUUAUGGUUGGUGUCGUAAAGCGUGUCACCGGAGGAAUUCUUUCGCAGUGGCAUUAAUAGAAGUCUGGAUAUAAACUUUCUGCCUUGUGGGCUGUACUGGGACAGGGUGCAGGGACACUGUGAGCAUGAGCGUAAAAGAGAUGGCCUGUUAUCCGCCAGAUGUGGGCAGCAGCUUCACUGAGGAUGCCCCCAGACCCCCGGUCCCCGGGGAGGAGGGCGAUCUGGUGUCCAGCGAUGGACGGCAAUACAGCCACAGCUUUUACUCGUCUAAGAGUGAGAGCCUCAAGAACGAGACCUCCAUAGCUACGCCCAGAAGACCCGACCUGGACCUGGGCUACGAGCCCGAGGGUAGCGCUUCCCCGACGCCCCCCUACCUGAAGUGGGCGGAGUCCUUGCACUCGCUCUUAGACGACCAAGAUGGCAUCCACUUGUUCAGGACUUUCCUCAAACAGGAGGAGUGCGCCGACAUGCUGGACUUCUGGUUCGCCUGCAGCGGCUUCCGCAAGCAGGAGGCCAACGAAGGCAAUGAGAAGAUGCUGAAGCUCGCCAAAGCCAUUUACAAAAAGUACAUCUUGGAUAACAACGGCAUCGUGUCCCGGCAGAUCAAACCGGCCACAAAGAGCUUCAUCAAGGACUGUGUGAUGAAGCUUCACAUCGAUCCCGCCAUGUUCGACCAGGCGCAAACCGAAAUUCAGACUAUGAUGGAAGAAAACACCUACCCUUUGUUUUUAAAGUCCGACAUAUACUUGGAAUACACCAGGACGGGCGGAGAAAGUCCCAAACUGUUCAGCGACCAGAGCUCGGUGUCAGGCAACGGCAAAGCCCUGCCGGGCUACCUGCCAACUCUGAACGAAGACGAGGAAUGGCGUUGCGACCAGGAACAGGGGCAGAACCACGAAAGCGACCCCACUCCCAGCAACAGGCUGACCCAGAAGCUGCUCAUGGAAACCGUGCCUCAGCGGGUGGCCAACAGUAAGAGAUAUCAGGACAACCGUGAGUACAGACACGCGCAAUGGAGGGAGCCCAUAAACCCGUACUACGUGAACACUGGCUACGCGCUGGCGCCCGCCACCAGUGCCAACGACAGCGAGCAGCAGAGCAUGUCCAGCGACGCAGACACUCUCUCCCUGACCGACAGCAGUGUAGAUGGAGUCCCACCUUAUAGAUAUCGUAAGCCGCAUCGACAUGAGAUCCACGAAAGUGCCAAAGUUAAUGGGCGAGUGCCACUACCUCAUAUUCCUCGCACAAACCGGAUGCCAAAGGAUAUUCAUGUUGAGCCGGAGAAGUUUGCGGCGGAGCUCAUCAGCAGGCUGGAGGGGGUGCUGAGGGAACGUGAGGCGCAAGAAAAACUGGAAGAGCGGCUCAAGAGAGUUCGGCUGGAAGAGGAAGGUGACGAUGCGGACAUCUCCACCGCUCCCUCCCUGGCCAAUCACAGGAUUCCUCCCGCGGUUCACGUGCAGCAUUAUGGUGGCCGCUACUCUGAAAUGAGCUACAACGGGCUGCAGCUACGGGACGCACACGAGGAAAACCCCGAGAGCAUCCUGGACGAGCAUGUGCAGCGUGUCAUGAAAACCCCCGGCUGUCAAUCUCCGGGCACGGGCCGCCACUCUCCGAAGUCCCGCUCCCCUGACGGGCUUCCCGCGGGCAAGAUUCCCGGGAUGAUGAUGAUGCCGCUGUCCGGUGGCCAAGGCAAGCACCAGGCUCGACUGGGCCCAAAGGGUGAAGCAGCGCACCUGCACCAUCACAAACACAAUCACCACACACACUAUGCCGCGGGGGGGAAACCCAAAGAGCAGGUGGAUGCGGAAGCCAUGAGGAUGCAUGGGGGAUUGGCCUGGAAUAUGGAGCAACAACACUUUGGAUCCAAGUCACGCAACUUUGCAGAUGGGAUGAGCGUCGGCCCCAGUGCCAUGGACCCCAUGGGUUACGGCAGUAAAGGAAGCACACUGUCAAAGCGACCAGUCAGAAAAGGAGAUGAUGGUCGAAACUUUGAGAUGCGAGAGCCCUUGCCCCUUGAUGAUAUGGAGAGGAACCAGAAGAUCUUGCAGUGGAUGAUGGAGGGCGAGAAGGAAGCUGGUCGCUCUAAGAGGAGCCCUUACGGGAGCAUCUCUGGCUCCAAGAAGGCUCAGAGUCACGAGGUGUCGAGGCCCAGCUCGGUGGAGCGGCCGGGGGCUGUGCACCCUUGGGUCACCGCUCAGCUCCGCAACAAUGUGCAGCCCUCCCAUCCCUUCAUCCAGGAUCCAACCAUGCCCCCCAACCCAGCCCCCAACCCCCUCACACAGCUGGAAGAGGCGCGCAGGCGGCUUGAGGAGGAGAGGAGGAAGUCUGGAACAUUGCAGGCUAAGCAGAGGCAUAAGAAUAUGAAGAAGCAGCCUUGUGAGAACAUCACCGUGGCCUAUUACUUCUGUGGAGAGCCCAUCCCGUACAGGACGUCUGUCAAAGGAAGGAUCGUCAUGCUGGGACAGUUCAAGGAACUGCUUACUAAGAAAGGGAGCUACAGGUAUUAUUUCAAGAAAGUGAGCGAUGAGUUUGACUGCGGAGUGGUGUUCGAGGAGGUUCGCGAAGACGAUGCCAUCCUGCCCAUCUUCGAGGAGAAGAUCAUCGGAAAAGUUGAGAAGAUCGACUGAGGCCGGGGAGGGAGGGACUGGGGCUGCAGAGAAAAGGAAGACGCGGCGAGCAGGUGCUGAGAUUGGUACAGCGAAUGUGGAUGUGCUGGAGAGCGAGAGGUGCAGAGCAGGGACGGUAGCUGUGGAAAGUACACUAUUUACUCCGAGGCGUCUACCUCCGCACAACGGCUGCUCAGUGCGCUCAAGAUCACUGCGUUGUGCACGGAGAGCCCUUGGACUCACAGAGACGAAAGCGUGAGGCAGCAUUCUCUCACUUUUGCUAUAUUUCUAACCCUGAAAAAUGUAAUGUAGCAAUGUAAAGUUAGCUUAGAGAAAAGUACUAUGAAUAUGUUUACUAAAGCUGCAUAUUUUUGAUAUGACGUAUCAGAAGGAACAUAUCCUUUCUAAUUUAACAACUCUUGUAAUUUUAUAUGUACUGGUACCAGAUGUGUACAGACUGUAUGUUUAAAAGGAAAAAGAGAAAGUUUUAUAUCUAUUUAAAUAUUUAAAAAAAAAACAAAAAAAAAAAGCCGAAUUGGUUCACCCAUAUCAAAGCUGCAGCAUCAACCUGACCCAAGAUAUAGUGGGCUUUCACAAAGCUGUGGUUACGGAGAAAUCGCAACCCACGCUCUACCAAGUGCUUUUAACUCAUAAAACUGGUUUGUUAAUCCUAGAGAGGGAGGACUCUGCAUUAUGCAUUGAUGUCGGAGGAGUACUGCUUUGAGCAGAUGUCCUGUAUGACGAUGCCUUCACAUUGCUCUCUGUCCUUCGCUGAUGUCAUGACAUACCUAAUAAUAACACCGCAUGAUUUCAGAGCUAAGGAUAUAGCGCCGUCAAAUGAUUAAUCGCGAUUAAUCACAUCCAAAAUAAGUUUGUUUACGAUAUGUAAGUGUUUACUGUACUUGUGUAUAUAUGUAUAUAAAUGCACACUCAUACAGUAUAUUUUAUAUUGUAUUUAUAUUCAUAUAUCUUUUAUAUAUAUAUAUAUAUAAGUUUUUCUCAAAUAUAUACAUGCAUGUGUGCAUAUCGAUAUAUACAUAACAAAUAUAUACACUUAUAUUAUGCAAACAGAAAAUCACGAUUAAUCAUUUGACGGCGCUGAAAGGAUGAGUGCGGCAAUUUUAUGAAACUAAUAUCUCACGAUGUUUAAGUGGCACAAGUUAUAAGUCUGUAGUUUAUAUCCAGAAUCUGUAAGGUGGCUCUCUAGGUGUGAGAUCCGCAGCAGCGCUGACACCUGUUUAGGAGCAGGGGAAUGUGAGACUUGAGGAAGAGGACGCGACGUGCUGGUCGUCCUGGGGUCCAUCGUCUGUCUAGUGCCAUUGGACAAUAUACGGAUCAUGUUUACACUUACCUUAAUGUAUUACAGAACAAGAAACGAAUCGAGCAUUGUAGCCUUUUAGCUUAACACGGCUAAAUGUGGUGCCUGGCGAGAAUUAAUCGUUUUUAACUAAUUUAGUUUUAGCCAUGUUGAGAUCAUGAAACACCAAAGAGAACAAUCUAUCGCAGGAGUCGAAUGAAAUCCAUUUGCGUUGUUUCAGCAACAAAAAAAUGAAGCUCCUUCAUAGAGUUUUCAGGCUGCGUGUUGUAAUGAAACACAGAGAAGUGUAACUAACCGCUAGGACAGGCCUGGCGAGACCGAGCCAGACGUGGUGCUGUAACGGUAGAAUGCUUUCUGUUGAUCUGGCAUCCCAUUUUUGCUCUAGUUUUUACAUUUUUAAUUCCCUGUGUAGUUUGAUUUAAGUUGCUAUUGUCAUCAAUGUUUGUUCAGUGAUUUGUCAUGUUUGUUUUUAUUUUUUUCCCCCACGUUCAGUUAGAAUUGUUUUAAGCUUUCAUCAACUUGAACAAUAUGGGUACUUGAUGCAAAAUAUGGAACAUUUCUCAUGUUUGUUUCGACUGAUUUUUAAUUACGGUGUAAUUUUCAACUGCGAUGUAAAGUUAACUACUGUGAAUAGCUUGGGUAUGAGCUCCUCUCACUGAAUGAUGGAUGACCUGUACAUAGACAUCACAGAGUGCCUUUCUGACCAUCCUCAUCUCUGAUCCACGGUCUGCUCUCCUCACUCCAUGUGUCCAGUACCAGGGACUUGCAUUAUGUUUUUAACUUUCUUAAAAAAAAUUUUUUUCUUUGCGAAGAGCAUCAACACACUCUAAGUCUAUGUAAAUAUGUACAUUUGUUUUUUUCUUUUUUUAUGUGUCUUCAACGACAACCAGCAACCCAAUUUGGAUAUUUAGUGCCCUGGUUCUGCUUAAGUGUGAUGAGAUUGUACAGUUCACAUUUUAUGGUACUUUGGACAAUAAAGACAUGUUAUAAAACAAA